AUGGACGGGGUGGCCUGUGCUGAUCACAACAACUCGACGAGACUGCUUGCAGCCUCUCCCUGCGAAAUAAAUGUGGUCGUGCGAAGAGCUACUUCGCCCAAACAUGCCCAGCUUCACAGGGUGCUUUUCUCUCUUUCACAGGUGGAGAUCUACGUGGAGGUGACUCAGACCGAGGUGUUCAUUCCCGCUGCGGAAGCCUGGAACGACGUGGCCGCUGAUACGAUCACCACCGUAACUCCUUCUGCCUCCUGGUCGGUCGCCGGUUUCGGCCCUAACAUGACAACGUACGCUGACGAGCUUGUCGGGUCAUCUACGACCGUUCCCGGCACGCCCCUAGGAGAAGGCGAGCGGGUCAACCUGAUCAGGCCCUUAACCGUGUCCCUCGGCAUCCACUUCAACCUGUCGGCUGGAGCAAUCGUCAGUAUCAGCGAGGUGGAGCUCUUCGUUCAGACCCCUGAUGCGACGCCUACACCGGCCCCGUUCGUCCCCACCCCGGAAACCGAAGCUCCCGUGUACUCGUGGAUGAACGGUGACGACUCCGACGACUAUUACAUGUGGGCGAACGAUGACGAUGAUGCCGCUGGUGUUGUUGUUUCUAGCGACGACGACCACCUUGUCGAGGAUUCGUCGUCUUCGACGGCUACCGACGAAGCUGGCGGUGUUACCGGCGGCGACGACAAUCUUGUCGAUGAUUCGUCGUCUUCGACGGCUAACGACGAAGCUGGCGGUGAUACCAGCGGAGACGAUGGUCCUACCAUUGGCUUGCCGUCGUCGACUGGAGAUGAUGCAGAUGAUGCCGCUGACAUCGACAACUUCGGGAACGGCGCGCUUGCGCGCGGAGGGGUGUGCUCUAGACAGGGGCUCGUGGGCGUGGUGGCGGUCGGCGCGAUGUUUAUCUCGUUCGCUGCAAAUGCUAUGUAA